CAUUUUCCCGGGCUGAGAGAUUGUAAACAAAAUCCUUGCUUCGGUUUCGGUUAUCAUUUGUGCUACGUUUGUGUGAUCAAAAUGGGUCGCCGAAAAUCCAAGAGGAAGCCGCCGCCGAAGCGAAAGAACAUCGAACCACUUGACCAGCAGUUCAACUGCCCGUUCUGCAACCACGAAAAGUCGUGCGAGGUGAAGAUGGACAAAGGGAAAAACUCGGCCAAGAUAAUGUGCCGAGUGUGCAUGGAGGAGUUUCAUACGACGAUAAACUUCCUCUCGGAACCGGUGGAUGUGUACAAUGACUGGGUGGAUGCGUGUGAAACCGCCAACUAAACGCGCCGCACGAAUACCUCGGUUGGGGUACUUGGUUUGCGUUGCUGUACUGCCUAGAUUAAGAUAACCUCUCGAUAUUGUC